UGCCCACGUCAUGAUUUUGUUUACCACUACUUUUUUGCCGGUUUUUUUUCAAAAGUAUUAAAGAUACAGGGUGUACGUAGCUGCCCUAUUUUUUCAAAGCGACAUCUCGAUGAUGAACUACAUGGGAGACGGAUUACAAUUACUUAGAGAAUUUGAUUGCUAAUGCUAAAUAAAAGAGAAGCAGAAGCACACGGCGAAAACAAAUUGUAUCCCGGGCAGGAUACGAGCACAACUCGGGGCGGUUCAAACCAUAAUUUGGAUAUCAAAUGUAAAAAUGUCUGGGUCUGGAAGAAUGCAUGUUUGUCAUGCUUGUCUGGCAUUACCCUUAGAUCUGUCAUGCACGUUAACCCAAGAGCUCCAUUUUUCUGUGAUGCAGGAACGCAGUUUGUCAUGCAGAAGAGGCAACACCUAGAAGCUCAGAAGCUUGUCAUGCUGAGCCAGCAUUUGUGGCCUCAUCUUGAGACGCCAGCCAGCAUCACAAGUUUCCAGACCCAGACAUUUUUACAUUUGAUAUUGGAACAGGCGGGCUGA